AUGGACCACUGCAUUGCCAAGAAGCUCCACUUCCUUGCUUAUCAAGACCCCCUGGGCUACUCCUUAACAUCUCUCACUCUUUUUCUCUCUGUGACCACAGCUUUAGUCCUGGUGGUUUUCCUUAAGCAUCACAAUACACCAAUUGUCAAGGCCAACAACCGAGAUCUCACCUACAUCCUCCUGGUUUCCCUUCUGCUCUGCUUCCUCUGUUCCUUUCUUUUCAUUGGUCAACCAGGGAAGCUCACCUGUCUUUUUCGACAAUCUGCCUUUGCCAUUCUCUUUUCCCUUGCAGUUUCCUCUGUCUUGGCAAAAACUGUCAUGGUGGUUCUGGCCUUCAUGGCCACCAAGCCUGGGAACAGGACUAAGAAACUCUUAGGAAAACCACUUACUGACUCUAUUGUCUUAGCCUGUCCCCUGGUCCAAGCAAUUCUUUGUGCCACCUGGCUGGUAACCUCUCCCCCAUUUCCCAACAUGGACUUCCACUCCUUGGUAGGAGAGGCCAUCUUGGAAUGUAAUGAAGGCUCAGCUUCCAUGUUUUAUGCUGUCCUUGCCUAUCUGGGUUUCCUGGCCCUCAUCAGUUUCACUGUGGCCUUUCUGGCUAGGAAGUUGCCCGACAGCUUUAAUGAAGCCAAAUUCAUUACUUUCAGCAUGCUGGUCUUUUGCAGUGUUUGGAUCAGCUUCCUCCCCACCUACCUGAGCACCAAAGGGAAGUCCAUGGUGGCCGUGGAGAUCUUCUCCAUCUUGGCCUCUGGGGCUGGUCUCUUGGCUUGUAUCUUUUUCCCCAAAUGCUACAUUAUUUUAUUUAGGCCCAAUCUGAAUUGUAGAGAGAAUAUAAUGAGGCACAAGAAUCUCUGA